CUUAUUAUUUUCCAUUGUUAUUUUCCUUUCCCUCUAAAAUAUUUCCGGACGGUGCAGAAGUCGAAGCCAAAGGUUGGGAAUCCUAGAGCAGGUGCAAGGCACUAAGAAGAAGGCAAAAUCAAGGUGGAAGGUAGGCGUCGGAGGAGCAAGAUGAAGCAGCAUCACAAGUUGACGCUGGCUCUGUGCGGGAUUUGGGCAGCUACUAUUCUUUAUGGCGAGAUGCUUGCCUUCUGGGUGCCCUCUCUCUGGUCUUGUUCCUGGCCUCAUCUUCAUCAUCUUCCUCGUUCAUCUGCCAAUACCAUGAUAAAUGGAGUAGGAUCUGGAAGUGAUUAUGUGAAAGUUGCUGUAAUAGCAGAUCCACAGCUUAUGGACAGAACCUCCCUCCGUCUACCCCCAAAAUCAUUUGCUUUGGAGACUGCACAAUUUUAUACUGAUUUAUACAUGCGCAGGGCAUUCUUUUCAUCUAUACGGCCUUUCAAACCUGAUGUGAUUUUGUUUUUGGGUGAUUACUUUGAUGGUGGCCCUUUUUUAUCAGAUCAAGAAUGGCAGGAGUCCUUACACCGCUUUAGGCAUAUCUUUGGUAUGAAUACGGAUGGAAGAUAUACAGAUAUUCAGGUUUACUUCAUUCCUGGCAAUCAUGAUAUUGGCUAUGCAAGCAUCAAUUCUCAUCAUCCAGAGGUUGUCAGGCGCUAUGUAGAAAGAUUUGGGAUUAGAAAUUUCCAGUUUACAGUAGGAAAAGUGGAGUUCAUUGCUGUUGAUGCUCAAACUCUUGAUGGGCGGCCACGAGAAAAUUUGGCUUCUGUGACUUGGGAGUUUGUAAAAAAUGUUUCUACAGACAUUCAAUUAGUUCCAAGGGUUUUAUUGAGCCAUAUUCCAUUGUACCGGAGGCAUGAUACUUAUUGUGGCUCUUACCGUAGUUCUCCAAUUAUCAACCAGGCAAUUUCAUAUUCUGCUCUCAGUGGAGAAAUAAAGUACCAGAAUUAUGUUACUGAGGAAUCCUCGUACAAAUUGCUGGAAUUAGUCAAGCCUGCAUUAAUUUUAUCAGGGCAUGAUCAUGACCAGUGUACGGUGGUACAUGAGUCAAACUUUGGAUCCAUAACUGAGCACACUUUAGGGACAAUAAGCUGGCAGCAGGGAAACUUAUAUCCGUCUUUCAUGCUAUUAUCUGUUAGCAACUCUGCAACUGCCAACGUUUCCAUCCCAGAAGAUCUAUUAAUUUCUCAACUUUGCUUCCUUCCAUGGCAAACACACAUUUAUAUAUGGUAUAUUUCCCUGUUUGUUCUGACCCUACUCACUCUCCUCUUUUGGCCAACAAGUGGGGUAAGUUUUGGGCAUCACUUGAGUGGUUUAAUGGAAUGCCUCAGACAUUACGGCAGCAUGUUUAGAGGGGAGAAAGACAAAAAUGAAGAUGAGAAUUGUGAAUAUGAAAUGAUGUGGGAUGCAGAAGGAGCAAUGCAUCUUGUGAAGAAAGUAGUAGAUACUUCUAUUUCACGAACAAGUGAUAAAGCUUCAGUUGAAAGGUGUUUCAUCUCUGCAUUCUCGUCAGCAUUCGUAAAUUCCACCAAGGGUAAUGCUGUGAUCCGGCCAACAGCAAGAAAGAACAUUUCUCAGGAGGGGGAGAUUUCCAUGAACUUGGACAUAAAUGCAGAUGUUGGAAAUGAUCCAAGCAUAAAAUUACCAAGUAGAAUAAGCAAAUCAAAGACAAGGAUCAUUAUCCAAAGACUAAUGAGGACCUUCAGAAUGGUGACAGUGAUUGCUGCUGUAAAUGUACCUAUAUACAUGAUGUUGCUCUUCAAAGAUUGGAUCGACCAGUGACCCUUGGAACAGAGCUUCAACAAAAGAUUAUGAUUCACGGGAAUUCUUACUCCUUUUAUUUCAGCAUUAAAGGAUGUCAUUGCCAAAGUUCUCCCUCUUGAAGUUCAACUGUGUUGAGCCAGUGCACCGGUCUGGGAAGUUCGUGAUGUUUUUAAUGCUUUUUAGCAGCUGCAAAAUGUGAUCGAGAAAUCAGUAUAGUUUCUUAGCUGCUUUUUUUUUUUUCUCGUUUCUCCCUGUGUUGAGAGAUUGGUAGUUGGAACUUUCUUUUACUUCAUUUAUUUAUUUGAGAGCGAUGGCUAGCAUUAAAUUUUCACCAAAA